AUGCGAGGCCUGGCAAAGGCCAGACAUUUGCUUCGACUGGUAGGCAGAGGUCAAUUUUAUUACUGGAGGCAAAACACAGGUCUUGGCUCAAGCAUUGCCGCCAUGGCCUUUACACUUUCGUUGCAUGGAGCGCCAGUGGCGACAUCGCUUCCACCUGGGUCCUGGACGCAGAAGAGUAACAGGAAGGACCAGGAGGGCAGCCGUUCAGUUUUGACUGCAGCGGCCUUUGCAGCAGCAGCUGCUGCGGCUCAUCCAGGAGGUUGGUGCUGGGCCUCCACGGCUUGUGGCUCCCGUGCAGCACCUCGCUCCAGACUCCGGAUGCAUGCGGUGGAGAUUGUGGAUGCCGAGAUCAUCAGCGAGAUGCCGGCUUCCGACGGAGAUGGACAAGAUGCGCCUCAAGCUGAUCCUGCAGAGGCAGAGGCUGCUGCGGCCGUGAUCGAUGCCGUGCUGCAGCUGGUGGAGAAGAGCGGCGUGCCAGUUCGCAACCAAGUGAUGGAAUACAAGGCUGAGCCUUCGCGUUCGCUGCUUGCAACUUGCGGGAUUCCGGAACUUGCGCCGGGUGGGACCAAGGCUACGCAGCUGUUGGUGGCAGGACUUCGUGCCAAGGGCGCAGAUGCUGACAGAGCUGAGGUGGCAGCUGCUGUGCUGUGCCUCAUGCUCGGUGGCUUAGACGAGGCCCACAACCUUGUCACGCCACACUGCUGGGCCACGCCGACUACUUUCGGUGGCCCGCCUAAGCUGGGGAGCACGGUGUUCCGCGAGGCUGCAUAUGGGCAGGUCAUCGUGCACCGUAUGGAAGGCGAGAAUCUGGGCGAAUUUGGAUCCGGGUUCAACAACAGCAGAUACUGGCUGGGCCAGGCUUUCUCCUUGGGAGCGAGCCAACACACAAUCUUCGCGGAACUGCGGAAAGAUGCUGAAGGCUUCGUUGGCACAUGCCAUGAUUCGCGCUGCCUGCUGCGGACCAUGGGUCCCAAGUGGGAGCCGUCACUGUUCAACAAACUCUGCGAAGAUGUGCUGCUGACAGAGGAUCCAGAUACCCUGGAGUUUUGCAAGGCUGUUCAAACCAGGGAGCUUCAGCUUCUUUUCGAGCACAUCAUGGCGCAGCCGGAUGCCUCUGCUGAAUAUCAAGUGCUUUGCCAGCAGGAGCAUGCCCUCACCGGUCAAGGAUGCACCGGUCAAGGAGAUCGUGCCGAAGCGGUGCGAUUUGUGCUGCCGCACGCGCCGAAGGAAAAGAUUCUGCAUGCUAACCGGGGCUUGCAGCUGCUUCACGCUCGCUAUCCUGGUUUGUGCUGGUUUGUUUUGGCCCCGGGAUCCCAGCUGGAAGCUGACGUGACGACUCCAGAUGCCCUGAUGUACUUUGUCAUGGCCUUUGCGGCCGGGCCGAGCGCUCUCGAUGAAAACGCUACCUAUCCCGAUGUGAAGUUUUACGCUGAGGCAGAAGUGUUUAAUCCCAAUCUGCUUGGCGGCGAAGCAGACACAGGCGCAGUGAAGGUCCUGUACCACGGGCAAGAGCUGGGACUUGCUAUCAGCCACCCGUCAUCGGUGAAGCCCCAAUCCAAUGUCACAGUCGGGGCGGAUGUCACGAUCAAACUGGAUGCGGCAAUGUUUCAGGCCCUCACCACGGAUGUCAUUUCGCACGAUCUCAAGCUGACGAUCCAGCUGGAGGGUGCAGCUGACGUCACGGGACCCUUAGGCAUCCGCAUCAAGUGCCGGCUUGAGUGUGAUGUCUUCUGCAAUACGGGCGAGCUUUUCAAUCCCGAGUCGAGGCAUGCAGUUGUGGAAGGCCAGUCAUGCAGGUAUCGUUACCUCUGA